CCGCCGCUCGCUGUUCGGGAAUUGUGGGCUAAGUGAAAAUCAAGAUUUUUCCCCGGAUUUCCUGUUCCGAUUUAGCCGAGAAUCAUCAAAAUUACACCCAGGGAGAUGACUACGGUACGCAGGUGUAAUUAAGCAGAGCAGAAGACGGUUGGGAAGUUCUAUCUUAAACGGCAGGGUGAACGAGAAGUCAGCUGCUUCGCUUUCUUUUCCAAAGGCCACAACCAAGGAAACCCAAACCGAAACGACGAGCGGCGGGGCGAAGGAGGGGAAAGUUAAAAAUGUCUCGCGGUCCCGGCCCGAUUCCGAACCGCUGGCUACGAUGUCCCCGCAAAUCGGACUCACUGAUCGCGGAACGCUUCCUGGCGUUCAAAACCCCGUUGAAGGAAGAGUUCCAGUCACAGAUGCCGAUCGAAUGUUCCUUCACACCCUCGAUGCUGUUUGAUCUGAUGCGCCGGCACAAGGUGAAGAUCGGUCUGUGGAUCGAUCUGACCAACACGAACCGGUUCUACGAUCGGCACGGAAUCGAGGACGCCGGCAGCCAGUACAUCAAGCUGCAGUGCCGCGGCCACGGCGAGACGCCGUCGCGCGAGCAAGCCAAAGCAUUCAUCGAGAUCGUGGAAGAGUUCAUCCAGGACCAUCCGCUCGAUGCGGUCGGGGUGCACUGUACGCAUGGUUUCAACCGAACUGGCUUCCUGAUCGUGUCGUACAUGGUCGAGCGGAUGGACUGUGCGGUUGAUGCGGCAGUGAUGGCAUUCGCUCAGGCACGACCACCCGGCAUCUACAAGCAGGACUACAUUUCCGAACUGUUUCGCCGGUAUGGUGACGAGGAAGACGCACCGCUGGCACCGGAACUGCCAGCCUGGAGCCUAGAGUAUGACGAUAGCGAUCGUCCGAAUCAUCAGCUGCAGCAGCAGCAACAGCAGCAAGACCUGGAUGAGGACGAUCAGAUUGAAGGAGAGCAGACCUCAUCGGAUCGUGGUCGCGGUACGAAACGCAAAACCGGGGAACAGGAUGGUGAGAAUGGUGGUGGUAGUAGAUCUCACAAACGGAAACGGCUCUCCUAUAAUCCGAAUGCCGUCUUCAUGGAGGGUGUACCGCAGGUGACGCUUGUGCUGGAUGUAACACUGAUCGCACGGCUCCAGGAUCGUGUACGGAACAUGUGCGGCGGGACGAUGCAGGGCUUCUCCGGGGCCCAACCCGUCUCGAUGGAUAUGCAGAACAUUCGCUUUCUUACCGAGAUACCGUACCGGGUGUCGUGGAAAGCGGAUGGUACACGCUACAUGAUGCUCAUCCUUCGGGAAAAUGAAAUCUAUUUUUUCGAUCGCGACAACUCGGUGUUCGUUGUGCACGGUAUUCGGUUUCCGGCGCUCGAUGAUCCGAGCCGGCAUCUGGUCGAUACGCUUGUCGAUGGUGAGAUGGUGAUCGACAAGGUGGGCAAGGAGCAGAUUCCACGAUAUCUCGUGUAUGACAUUAUAUACUUCGCCAACCGGGAGGUACGCAAGCGGCCCUUCUACCCGGACCGACUAGGGCUGAUCCAGCGCGAGCUGAUCGACUCGCGGACGCGAGCCAUACAGAAGGGGCUGAUCGAUCGGAAGCAGGAACCGUUCGGUGUGCGACAGAAGCAGUUCUGGGACAUUACCCAAUCCAAGUCGCUGCUUGGGCCCAAGUUCACUCAAACGCUCGGCCACGAACCGGACGGAUUGAUCUACCAGCCAACGCUCGACCCGUACACGCCCGGUGUCUGCCCACGGGUGCUCAAGUGGAAACCGCACGACAUGAACUCGAUCGACUUCCGGCUGCAGAUCCAGGACGAGGCGAAACAGGGCUGUUUACCACGCAAGGUCGGGCUGCUGUUUGUCGGUGGCAUGGAUCUCCCGUACGCGGAGAUCAAGCUGACGAAAGAGCUGCGCCAGCUUCAGAACAAGAUCAUCGAGUGCAAGUAUGACGGUGGUUGGGUGCUGAUGCGCGAGCGAACGGACAAAUCGUUCCCGAAUAGCUACGCGACGGCCAGAAGCGUCUGGGAGAGCAUCCGCAAUCCGGUCACAGCCGAUCGGCUACUGAGCUUGAUCGAUAAGGAAGGCUACCGAUCGGACUCGGAGCGGAUGCCACCUCCCAGACCACAGUGAAGGACGCCGGAAGGACGAAAGAUCAACUAUCAUUAGUUCUUAGUUUUCCCUACACUUCUUCGAACUCUUCUCGGUGAAUAAAUGGCGAGCUCCUCUCUGGCUACCGAUCGGUAGAUGAGUUGUGAUUUAAAGGAAACGAAUGUGCGCAAUGAAUCUACAUGAAUAGAAGGGUGCGCAGAAUAUUGUAUUGUCAUUUUCUUGUUUUAUGCACAAACACACAUGCUGUUGCUAAUGUGCUAGUUCAAACGAGGCAGUUCCACUCUGUUGUGCUCUGAUUUUAAAAAUGAAAUUGGGAAAAGACAAGGAGCAGUAGAAAUGAAUGCAUACGGGAUCAAUUACAUUUCAGUUAUGUAUGCGGCUAUGCGGGAACUUGAUCAGAAAUGUCGAAUAGCUCGAGUUGAUGAAGGAAGCUUAAAAGACGUAGAAAAUAUAAGCCAAUAAAAUGAGAAACAUUGUUAGAGGAUGUGCAAGUG